UUUUUCUUUGUGUGUCAAAAUUUCAUUUUCUAGAUCAUUCGAGAGCAUUCUUCUCUUGCGCGACGGACUGAGACCUAUCUAGAAUAAUCUACAAGUUUGUGUGUGGCGGACUUAUAAACAUCUAUACGGAAUGAGUCGAUCUGCGAAACUCUUUCUGGCGCCAUGGUGUCUGUGGGUCGUGCUGGUGUCGGUGGUCAGUUCUGAAUCCACCAGAACCAUCUGUCAUGUAGAUAUUUGUAGCAGUGACGAGUUCUGUGACGAUGGAGAACGGCACUGUCGACCGUGUGACAACAUCCGGGGUGACUGCUUGAAGGACUCACUUCCGGUUGACUGCCGAUCAUGGUGUAUAGGCUUUUUGGCUAGUGAAAAAGUUGACCAAGUUUUGCAGAGCAAAAGAGUCGAAGAUUGUCCAGACCCCGGACCGCUUAUAAACGGAAAUUAUACGCAUGUUCCUAAUUUUCGUCACGAAACUACCGUUACGUUUACGUGCGAUGAGGGACACCGGCUUUUCGGCGCCAACACUUCAACAUGCGUGGACUUCAAGACAUGGUCCGCCCCUUUGCCCGUGUGUGAAGUUACAGAUUGUCCAGACCUCGGUCCGCUUUACCAUGGGACCUACACACAUGCUUCUAAGUAUCGUCACGGAACUACCGUUACGUUUACGUGUGAUGUGGGAUACCGGCGUAUCGGCCCCAGCACGUCAACGUGCGGUGACUUCAAGACAUGGUCCAACUCUUUGCCCGUUUGUGAAGCUACAGAUUGUCCAGACCUCGGCCCGCUUGAACAUGGAAACUACACAUAUGCAUCUAAUUAUCUUCACGGAACCACCGUUACGUUUACGUGUGAUGAGGGAUACCGGCUUUUCGGCGCGAACACGUCAACAUGCGGGGACUUCAAGUCAUGGUCCGCCCCUUUGCCCGUGUGUGAAGCUACAGAUUGUCCAGACCUCGGCCCGCUUGAACAUGGAAAUUAUACACAUGCUUCUAAGUAUCGUCACGGAACUACCGUUACGUAUACGUGUGAUGUGGGAUACCGGCGUAUCGGCCUCAGCACGUCAACGUGCGGUGACUUCAAGACAUGGUCCGCCCCUUUGCCCGUGUGUGAAGCUACAGAUUGUCCAGACCUCGGCCCACUUGAACAUGGAAACUACACAUAUGCUUCUAAUUAUCGUCACGGAACUACCGUUACGUUUACGUGUGAUGUGGGAUACCGGCUUUUCGGCGCGAACACGUCAACAUGCGGGGACUUCAAGUCAUGGUCCGCCCCUUUGCCCGUGUGUGAAGCUACAGAUUGUCCAGACCUCGGCCCGCUUGAACAUGGAAAUUAUACACAUGCUUCCAGUUAUCCUCACGGAACUACCGUUACGUAUACGUGUGAUGUGGGAUACCGGCGUAUCGGCCCCAGCACGUCAACGUGCGGUGACUUCAAAACAUGGUUAUCUCCUAUGCCAGAGUGUGAAGAGUCAGAUGUGAACCUAGUCAUCCCCUGGGAGAUUGCCACCUUAGUACUGGCGGUUGUUGUUGUAAUUCAGCAGGCCUUCAUCUGGUACGGGAGGCUCCGUCCGCGCAGGCGACAGAAGGAUGAGGAUGACGAAGAAAGUGGCCCCGGAGGUUCCGCAAACUCUCAACAAACAAAGAUGUAUAUCGGACGUGAAACUCCCAACUUGGAUUCGAGUAGAGAGUCUGGCAUUGACACCGCAAACGACAAUGAUAGCGGGGACGUUAGCGGAGACGAUACUGCCGUGAAGCGUGUAAGCGGAACCGGAACGGUCCCGAGUAAGGAGCGUAAUUAUUCAAAAGAAAGGGCUUCUAGCAGCCACAACUACGGAGUUGAAGGGAAUGACGUCACUGCAGAGCGUGGCGCGGGUACCGGCAAUGGUUCUGAAAGCGCAGAAAACGAUGGACGCCAGCAUAACGAUGGAGGCCAGCAUAACGAUGGACGCCAGCAUAACGAUGGACAUUAUCAAGGCCCUCAAGACAACACAAGAAGAUCGGCAGGAGAAGGCCAAAGUGUCGUGAUUAAUCAUAUUUCAACUACAGUUAACUAUAAAUCAGGCAAUGGGAAUGCUUCUACUGUAGCAUAUAAAUCUAACAACCAGAGUAACAACGUAGAAAACAGCAACAACACCAAUAAUGAUAACGACAACAGUCAUUUUGUUGAUGCAUCUCGAUCAAACAGCAAACCGGAACCAGCUCCACAAGACGCAUGCAGCGGCACCGAACGGAAGUCCGGAGAAACCGGAAGUGUUGAUCUCACGCGCGCCGCUAAAACACAACUACCAGAAGAAGAAAACAAGUUCGGAAUUCCAGACUCGGAUCUGACGACGGAGUGUCGUCAACCGGAAGAGGAAGGUGGAGGGUAUGAGUUGAUCACAAAUUUAGAAGAGUCUUAUGACCUGAACCGCUCUUCCAGUCUGCUGAAUGUUCGGUUGAGCGACGCGAGUGGGGACCAUUCCGACCACGAGGGGCGCCCAUUGCUUUCACCAUCAUCUAUCAACGAUGGCUAAUAUGGGUGAACGCAUUUUGAUUGUUAACAAGAUUUUCAACGAAAAUCGGGUUAUAAGAAUGAGGAUGCCGUUGGGCAUCCGGAUCUCCUCGGCCAUCGAAAACAACCUCGGAGGUAUAUGGACGGUUUCAAUGUGAGAAAUCGGUACACUUUAAGUCUGCUGCAAGUAGAUAGCGUAGUAGUUAUGUCUAACCCAUUCAUUGUUUUUGCCCUGUCCGUCAGUCAGUCAGUCCGUCAGUUCGUCAGUCCGUCAGUCUGUACGCCACACUUCGUUUCCGCUCAAUAACUAAAGAACACUUGCACCAAGGAACUUUAUACCUGGUAUGCCAGUUGAUCAUGACUAGUAAAUCACCCCUAUUGAUUUUCAUGUCAGUAGGUCAAAGGUCAAGGUGACCUUGAGGUAAAAUAACGGUUUCCGCUGAUUUACUAAACAACACUUUGGCCCAGUAACGUCAUACUUGGUUGGCUAGUUGGUCUUGAUUAUUUAAUGACCCUAUUGAUUUUGAGGUCAGUAGGUCACCAGUCUGUACGUCACACUUCUUUCCUCUCAAUAACUAAUGAAAGCUUGAACCCAGACACUUCAUAGUUGGACCCAGGAACUUCAUACUUUGUAUGCGGUUUGGUCAUAACCAGUAGUUGACCCCUAUGUUUGUUCGUCUCCAGUCCAAAAAAUACGAAUUUUAUGUCCAUCAUUGAGUAUUUCUCACCUACGACCACACAAUGGGGGAGACCAGCGCUUUUUCAAAAAAGCAAUCUCUAGUUUUAUUUAGCAGUUAAAUUUAAUGACUUAACUCUUGGGAAUCUUGAUUAUGUUUGCAAUAAUACACUUAUUGGCAAUUAAUUUAAACUAAAAUCAACAAAUACAAGCUAAAAACUACAUUUAAUUAAUGAUAUAAUUCAAAAUUUUACGAACUAAUUCAACUGAUGUGCCGGCAUACAUCUGAGGUUGAUUUCAAUAAAAAUGGCCGAGGAGUUCCGAAAGUGUCGUUUGGGUUUGUCAAUCCGGUCGUCUGCUCAACACUUUAGUUCGGAUAAAAAAUGUUUUUAGUAUAAGUAACCUCGAACUUGAUCCCACAAUCAAAAAUGCAAUCCUAAGGUAAGUCUCUUAAGAACCUGGCAUGUCGCGUGUUACUGUGAAGACUUUCCUUGGGAUUGCGUUUAGAAUAUGUUGGGUCAUGGUCAAGGUCACUGCUGAUAAAAAUAAAAAAACGGUUUCAAUUCAAUAACUUUAGUUAGGAGUGACGUAUAGGGAUGAAAGUUGGUAUGUAGCAAGCUCACGUGAUGACAUACAUUGAAAUUGUAUUUUGGGUAUGUGGGGUGAAGGUCAGGAUUUUGGUUACUAAACAUAGGAAAACUGAUUCUUUCAGAUAAUUUUAGUGAUGUGUAAAACAUAGUGAUGAAACUUAGCAUGUAGCGGGUCAAGUUGGAGAUGUGCAGAGGUAAUGCAUGUGGGGUCAUGGUCAAGGUCACUAUUAAUUAAAAGGAACGGUUUCCGCUCAGUCGCGUUAGUGAAGAGUUACCUGUAAUCAUGAAAUAUGGCAUGAAGAAAGCACAUGUGGAAACAUACAGUGGGAUUGCGUUUGGUCAAGGGCAGGUUUCUGUUGAAUGCCCUUUAGUCAGGAACGGCAAAUGGUGAAAUAUUUGGUGUGUACCAGGCUCAUUUAGAUGUUAACUGGUUAUUGGUUGAAUUGAGGUCAAUAUUUCUAAUGCCGAAAAUGGAAGAUAAGUUAUAUGACGGUAAUAUAUAGCCACUGGCGUAGCUCAAUGUGCCUGCACAUGAUUUUUCAAAAAGGCGUUUUGGGCAUUUAUGCCUCAGAAACAAGAUAUGUAAUCCCGUCUUUCUUUUUAGCGUUCUUUCGAUUGUUUUUGAAUUUGUUGUUUUUCUAUUCCAAGAUACAUUUAUAGAGAACAAAAUGCUUCUCAACGCACCCUGUAUUAAAAAAGCCAGGCCUGCGCAUGAAUAGUGGUCUUGGUACGCCUCUGAUAGCAAUUUAAGUAUUUUAUUUAAUAUAUUAGUCUUGUUUUUGAGAACACAAACUGUCUAUUUAAAGAAUGUAUGAUAGUUUUAUAUUAAAACCUGGUUUCGUCGCAUUGUGGCGUUUCUAGCUUUAUACUGUAUUUACCAUUGCAUCUGAAUUUCCAAAGUAAGUCUAAUUUUGUUUAACAUGCAAUACUGUGUUUGUUUCCUUUUUAAAGAAACCAAUUUGUAUUGUUGAUGGAUUUUCGAACUAAACAAAAUCAAGUGUAUGAAUAUAGAUUGGGUUUUGUGUAUUUGUAUUUUUUCCAUAUUACUAAUACUGUUACACCUAUCACUUGUUAAUGUUAUCAUAUUAGUCCCCGAUUUUACCUAUCAUUUUAAAGUCAUUAAUUGCCAUUAAUUGCUGAUAUAGAUUGGGGUUCAUAAUAUAUCUUUUACUAUAUACAUUUUUUUUUCAAAGCCCUUUGUGAUCAAAUGUAUAUAUAUAUAUCAUGUCAUAUUGUAUAUACUCAAGUUAAAAUUUCGUUUGAAAUAUUACAAUCACUCAAGUUAAAAUAUCGUUUGAAAUAUUACACACAUUUUUUUAUAUUAAUGUGUAUUUUUUCUUGUUGUGGAUGUUUGUACAGAUAAAAUUUUUUGUGGUUGUUUGUUUAGGUUAUUGUUUGUGGUUGCUUGUAUAGAUUAAUUAAUAUCGAGUUCUAGAAAACGUUUGAAAAACAGGAGAACCAUUUUUCUCCCACCUCAGAUAAGUAGAUCCAAUAAUUUAACCAUGCUAGAUAUUCUUAUCUUGCCCACGGGCGAAGAAAAAAUGCCCGUAUGGAACUUCUUUUUAAUGGGCACCACAUUGUACUUACCUCCCUUGUUGAAGACUGUCGUCUGUAGCAUCAUGGAAACCUUGUCUUGUGGUAAUAUUUAGAACGCUAAUUAAUUAUUUCUCGCUUCAAAUGUCACCAUAAAACAGUUUUCACGCACCAUUCAAGAAAUAAUGCUUCAUUCUCCUUAGAACUAUUUAAAAAGACCGAUUUUACUAUUAACAUAAUCGUAAUCAAUGCGCGCAUAUCCAUAACAACCACGAAUAUUCAUACGCAUUAUUUUCACUACGCACAAAAGAGUUCCAGCAAAAAAUACAUUUUUACUAAAUUUUGUUUGUCCGACUGUGGUGGGAGAAAAGCAUCUACCAUAGCCACUCGUGUAAGAUAGGUUCAUCCCGACCCUCGCGCAGGGUGUUUUGCGGAAACGAGGUUUACCCUACGCUCGGGUCGGAAUAAACCUAUGUUACACUCUCGGCCAUGGAAGAUACUUAUAAUCUAAUAAUCGUUAAGUCAUGUUUAUGUCUAAAUAUAUAUUUAUUAAAAAUAUGCAACAUUUUUUAAUUUCAAAUUAUUCUUUUGCAACAUUUUCUGGUUUAUGGUUUUGGUGAAGGGGAAGUAAUUACACUUGAUUUAAAAAAGUAGUUUUAGAAGUUGAUAUAUUCACUCCUUAGUUUGCAGUGAAGAUAUCAAAUUGAUAUUGUCACUGUUGUUAUUUCACUGAUCAAACUCCAUAUUUCAUCGAAAAGCAUGAAUAAACAUUUUUAUACCAUGAUGAAUCGAUAUAAACAGUCGGAAAGCAUACCAUAAAUUAAGGAUGUGUUUGAGAUGUCUUAGCCUCAUUGAAAUAUCAACAUCAUGUAUUAACAUUUUAGUUUUUUGUCGUGUAGUUGUGCUGUGUUCUGGUUUCGGGAACAAAUUUUGUUAUUAUUUACCACUGAAUAAUUGCUCACCAUUGUUUUGUUUUACUAAUAAAAACAUAAACUAGA